GAUAUUCAAUGCCACAUAGGUCUCCAUUUCCAGGACUGUGGUCAAGAAUAGGACACAGUAAGUAGUUAGAAAUGUUGGAAACUACUUAGCACAGAUGUGUGCUCUUUAUUUCAUCCUCGUGCUUAAAUACUCAUGUGACUGAUGUUAGUCUUGCCCCUCUCCACUUAGUAGCUCCCAGCCCCUAUUUCUUAUCAAAUAUUGUGCAUUUAAUAUGUACUAGGGAUCUAGGCAUGGUGGCGCAUGCCUAUAUUCCCAGCACUUUGGGAAACUGAGGCAGGAGGAUCACUUGAGGCCAGGAGUUUGAGGGUGGAAUGAGCUAUGACUGUACCACUGCAAAUGAGCCUGGGUGACAGAGCUUAGAGCGGGAAUGUGGGAAAGUGGCAGAAACAUAUAGGACAUACCAAAGAACAGGAUCUUAGGUAUUCAGGUUGAAUUUGCGACAAGGGGACAAAGUUUCGGCAGCCAGUACAAAAUGGGCAAAUAUUUGCAGAGAUGACAUCUCUUACUGAUCACAGGGGAAAGCAAAUAUCUCCUUUCCUCAUAGGACAGAGAACUAGGCAGAACGGUAUUGGGGAACAACCAAAUCUACCAAGGCAGUCUCACUUUUCAGUGACUGGACUCUGUGGCAAUUUGGGGUACUCUGCUCCAUACUCUGCUCCAAACAUGUGUGGCAUUGGACUCAUCAUGAUACCAGUUGAGCUGCUUCUUUGCUGCCUCCUGCUACACCCUGUGGAUGCUAUUUCAUCUAGAAAGCAGAAAAAUGUCUUGAUGCACCUUCCCUUGUCCUUGGGAUCCCAGACACCCUCCUUAGACCCCUUGUACUGCCAGAUCAUGCUCCCAAAGUCCUUGCCUGGCUUCACCCACAUGGCCCCUCUACCCAAGUUCCUGGUGGGCCUGGCUCUAAGGAACGCCUUGGAGGAAGCUGGCUGCCAGGCUGAUGUCUGGGCCCUGCAGCUUCAGCUCUACCACUGGGGUGGCGUGAACGCUACACGGGUCCUCAUCCACCAUCUUCAAAGGCUCCAGAAAAGCAGAAGCACAGGGAGAGGAGUGUCAGUGAAAGCCCUGGUCGCUGCUCUGCAGCUGUUAGCCAGUCAGCAGUCAGGCUCACACAGGGCCCGACGCUCCUUCCCCACCAAUAACUGUGAGAAUGAGCAAGAACAAGGUGUGCACAAUAUCCUCCAGCUAUUGCCAGGAGUGGGAACUUACUACAACCUGGGCACAGCUUUGUAUUAUGCUGCUCAGAACUGCUCAGACAAGGCCAAGGAACGAAGCCGAGAUGGGGCCGUAGAUCUGGCAUAUGACCUUCUGAUAGGCAUGAGCGGGCUGUCAGGGGGGCCGGCAGGUCUACUGAUCAGUGCUGCACUUAAACCUGCAUUAAAGGCUGGGGUUCAGCAGUUGAUCCAAUAUUAUCAUGAUGAGAAAGAGGCAAACAUCCAUCAGCCAGAGACCAGCACGGAGGGCUUGGUGGGCACCUCAGAUACGAGUGACUUGGAAGAAACGAGUACAAUGACUCCUUUGGUAUCAGAAGUAGUCAGUUCAGCUCCCUACUGGGGGUGGGCCUUAUUCAAGAGCUAUCACUUAGCUCCUGGGGCUGGGAGUCUUGGAAUAUAAAAGGUGGUAACCAAAAAAAAAAAAAAAAAAAAAGAAUAAAUCUAAUAUUUUGA